CUCAACCCUUUAACUCCUGGACAUAAACCAUCCAUUCAGAUCCUGCCUUGUCGACAUCGAAUCGAUUGUUUCGCCUACGAAUCACCCUCCAGAAUACAUUAUCUUCUUCAGCCAUGGCCGACCAAAUCAAGGAAUUCGCAGAUCUUCCCCAGGAGUUCGUCCGCGAAGGUGUUCAGUUCAUCAACAGAUGCCAGAAGCCUGACAAGCGGGAGUUCAUCAAGAUCAGCCAAGCUGUCGCAACUGGAUUCAUCGUCAUGGGAGUCAUCGGCUACAUUGUGAAGCUCAUCCACAUACCCGUGAACAACAUCCUCGUAGGAGGAGCAUAGACGAUAGAAACGAAAGGAGUGCGAGACGGAGGAAUUUUGCGAUUGGACAAGGAAGCAGGGAUUGCAUAAUGGGCAGAAUAGCUACGGACCCGGUGGUUUCUUCAUCCACGCGGCAGUCCGCUUUAAAAUGCUGUACGAUAGGGACAGUUGGCUAGCGG